AAUGAAUAAGCAACAGAGAGGAUGGGUGCAGGUUGGAGUGAAGUGGGAGUGGAGGGUGUGCCCCUAGAACUUGUUUAUCGAGUGCUUCGCCAUGUUUCCCUUCGGGAUUUGACAACACUCUCAGCGACGUGCAAAUACCUACGUACCCUUAUUGAUGAAUCUCCUCUUCUUUGGUCUCAUGUACAUACACAGGAAUUGUGGCCUAAUGAGAAAACGUGGCACUGGUUUGAGAGAGCAGCUCAGUGUGGAAAUGUUGGGGCAAGCAUUAAGUUAGCAGUUGCAUUACUCUAUAAUGAAGGAGUGGUCUUGGAUGCCAAACCUGUUGGUAAUGGUGAACUUGCUGUUACUCUGUUUGAACGCCUGGAAACUGGAGGAUCAUUGUGGCCUCGUUCACAGCUAUGGUUGCUUUACCGUCCUCCAUGGGGUGCACAGCCACUUUGCUGCAAGCGUUAUGUACAUACAAGAAUUUCUCACAUUGCACAGAUGACUGGUGCUUCCUGGGCAAACCGGGUUUUGAGUCGUAUCGCAGAAGUAACAGGAGAAAAUGAAAAUCUUCAUGACCCAACUGCCAUCAACUGGAUCAAAGUUGCUGCCAUGGGUAAUGAUAUGCAUGCCAGGCUUCUGCAGUGGCGCUCACGGUACGAAAGAAGACACCUGGAGGGAUCUUUAGACCCAGGAACAGAACUUCAGGCCAGUCGAGAGCUGAGGGAGUUGUGCUUAACGGGCUACUAUCCAACAGCUCUAACUCUUGCCCAGUUUCUUGCAUCAUCAAGACUUUCGAGCAACCAGUGCCUACCAGAAAUCAGAGAAUUUUUUCAAAAUAGCCCACCAUCCCGAACGUGGUGUGCUCUUAAUUACCAGCAACAUGUCACGCCACACAUGCAUCACGUGCUGGUAGACUGGUUGUGCGAGGUUACCAAUAUGAAACUACAUGCGUCAAAAGUGAUUCAUGCUGCAACACAGAUAGUGGAAGCAUACCUGAAUGUAGAACAAGUCAAGUGCCACCAACUACAACUUGUGGGAAUUACUGCUGUACUUCUGGCAACAAGGUUCAUACCAGGAGCAUCAAUUCUUACAAUCAGGGAAGCAUCGUGGGUGACAGACAAUACUUACUCCUACAAUCAUGUUGUAAGAACUGUUGGACAUAUAAUGGCAGCUCUGAAGGCAAAUCUUGCUUUUCCAACAAUUCUAGACUUUGCCACUGUGUUGUUAGAAAGUGUGCGAGCACCAGAAGUUACUCAAGAAUGGACAAGGUUCCUCUGUGACUUAGCAACCACGUGUGCUUUUCCCCCAAGAACCACUCUUGCACAAAUUGCAAGUUCAUGUGUGAUGCUAGGAUAUAUAUUGUCUAGAUUACCAUGGCCAAACUUGCCUGCUGUAUCUGGUUUCACUCAACACCAGUUGCUUCAACCAGCAUUAAUUAUCUACAGUAAAAGCUUUGAUUUUAAAUGUCGAAGGCAAGGGAUCAUAGACCGCUACAGCAUGCCUGCCUUUAGCACUAUGCAAGUUGGGCGGAAGCCAGUGCCACUCCUUGAGGACCUUCUAGCUUCACUGGGUCUUUCAGAGGCUGACUACCUUCAUAUGGUGGUUAUGCCAUCAAGUCUUGGAGAUGAAGCAGGCUUCUCUGCCAUGGAGACUGAUGGUCUUGCCAUAGGGGCAAGGUGUAGUGGUGUUGUUUACAGAACUCAGCAAUUAGAACGUGAAGAGCAAAUCAAUCGUGUGGAUUACCAAGAAAAGCAACUACAAAAGCAGUCUGAGCCCAGUUCAAGUGACGGUAUGAACAGUAGUAUUUGUGACAGAAACAGCAGGACUGUUGAAGCUAGAGCAGGUGGGGCCCAGGCAAUCAGUGACAUAAAACCAAGUGCUCAUGAGAGGCCAGAUGAUUCCAGGAUGGACUUUAGUGAUAGUGAAAUGGCUCAGGAAUCACCAGAUUUUGAACCAUCAAACCCUAAAGAUGUGCCGUGCAUGAGGGUAGAGAGCCGUAAUGGUGCAGCUGGAGAGAGUUUAACAAGGAGACAUUAUCAGUUGUCUGAGGGUGGCACAGAAGGUGUUUGUGCAUUAAAUCAGGAACAGGCUAGUUGCAAUCUAAGGAAUCCAGGAGGCAUACAAGAAGUCAAUCUUAUGCCAAGUGAAGACAUGCUUGAAACACUAAGUGAGACUACCAGUAGUGAGGAAAGUUCUGAUUUGCUGUCUCAGACUUGUGAGGAUGGUGAGACCAACUAUACUAGAGUAAGUCUGAAAAGAAAAUUAGAAAAUGCAUCAGCAACAGAGAGGCCAGAAAAAUGCCUAAUAUUAGAUGUGGAUAAUUUACAGUUAGACUAAAUAUAUUUCAGGCAUUAAAAGAGUUGGAGUAAUUUGUUACCAGGUGAGGAUAUUUUCCAGAAAUAUGCGUCUUCCAGACUGUGUAUACAAGUUAACUCAUUAAUUUAUUGUAAGGAUUGUUUUGUGCAUAGUGUACAUUUUUUGUUUAUUUCUACUUUUUGUAAGUAAUUGUAAGUGAUAUUGUAUAAGAGGAUGUGUGUAUCCUUUCAAAUAUUUUUUAAUUCCAAGUUAUUUUAAUUCCAUUUUGGGCAUUACGGUCGUAUAUUAUUUUGACUUAUUCUUUUGAAAAAACAUUUUCUCAUUAAAAAGGGAAAAUUUUCAUAUGAUCACAGUCAAAUAUCAAUUAUUUAGAUAUUUUUUGAGGACCAGCAUAACUGUGGAGUUAUUGUAAGUUGUGUGAGGGUGUGUCACUUUGUAUGGUCCCUUUGAUUGUAUCAAGUUUAGAGUAUUUAGUGUUAUGCUAACUUGCACAUUAUUAUGGUGUAAUUAAUCAUUUAAAGUCCAGAUUUUAAGUGAUACACAGUGAUUUCAAGGCACAGAGAAGACAUCAUGGAAAUUCUCGGGGAAUGGCUCGGAAGGUUCCUUUGAAUGUCAAGAAUGUGUUGAAUGAGAUGGCAAUCACCCCCCUCCCUCAUUAUAUGCUGUAGACAUAUGUUUGUUUACUUUAUUUGCAGGAAGUAGAUAUGCAAAACAUUUAUCUUAACAUUACCAAUGAUUAAGGGGCAGUUUUAGCAGAUUUUUCAAAGACGGAUUACUCUUUCCAUAUAUAGAAUGUGCAAUUCCUUUCUGUGCAGUCACAUUUCUGCAACUCAUGAUUUUAUGUGAUACAGUACCAAAGGCUUCUGGAUAUGCAGUGCUCUUCUCAGGUAAAACACAAUAUAGCUACAACCCUGACCUAUGAGCAUUUUAAUUUUCCCUACAACCUCAUUCAGUAACUUUCACAUUUUAUAAUUUUACAGAGAAAAAAAGAAAAAAAUGACCUCAUAGUAAGACAUUGCAAAGCAUAUUAUUGACCCUGAAGGUUAUUAUGAAUUUUGUCAUAAAUAUAAGUUGUCUUUGUUUCGCUUUAGCUCUGAAUACAGGUAAGCAACUAGCCAUGACAGAUGUACACUAAUUACAUUUUAUUUCCUUAUUUUCUUGUGGCAUACAGAAAAAAGAACAGUAUUUGCAGUAUUUUUUGAUAUCCAACAGAAGUCCUUUGAUACCAGGUAAAAAAAAAAAAAAAAAAAAGGCGUAAUGUAAUCAUUUUUUAAAUAAACAUGUUUAUACCAGUACAGGUAUUUACAGCAGUGGAACCCGGUAAGCCCUACUGUAGUCAGUUCAUGAAGUAUUAAGCAGGUCAUGCCAGUUGUUGUGUACAAAAAUACCUUUAAACUUGUUCUGUUUGUUGUCUCGCAAAAAUUAGUUUCCAGGAUUUUGAUCUGCACUGUACUUCUGCCAAUAGUGUGAUUACUCAUAGUGGGAUAAAAUAAAACUAUUUAGUAAUUCACAUUUCAACAUAGUGAUAGAACUCAAAUCUUUGUCCAGGCUGGAUAUUCCAGCAAUCUUUAUUUUAUGUAACUGACCUCAGUUUUCUUGAGGAUCCAUGAAAAACUACAGUUCUUCAUAUAAAACACAUUUUUACCAUCAUGUUACUUCUGAAACACGUGUGAUAUGCAUCUAAAUGGAAAUUUUUCUAAUACAUGUGUGGCAUUAGGAUAUUAAUUCAAUGCAAUCAAGGAUAUUAUGACAGUUUGGAAGUAGGUGAUGAUAUAUAUUGUGAUUAGGAAAAUUAUGUUGUGCAGUUUUAAGUGCUUGUGUAUUGUCUGUUUGAGUGGAGGUGGGAAAUGAUUCAUAUGAUUAUGAUCCAAGGAUUAGUGCAUAAACAAUAUGCAUUUAUAGAAAGGUGAGAAAAUGAGAAACUGGUAUAUUUUCUGCCUUUUUUCACAGUAUUUGAAAAUUUCUACUUAACAAGUACUUAAAUGAGUUAGCAACAGGUAUAUAAAUAUAUAUAUAUGUAUAGAUAUAAAUAUAGAUGAAUUUAAAAUGGUGAUGUGUUCAAGUAAAAUAGAAGUGGGAAACAAAUAUUUCUGAUGAAGAAAUUGCAAUACUUGGUUAUAUUCAUAGUAGCCAUCAACACAUAUAUUUUGAAAAUCAGAUAAAACUACAUGCACCAUAUCAGAAUGCUAGAUUUGUAUGUAUAAGAUUAGGGAACUUUAGUUUGUAAAGCAAUCUCAGUUAACACUUACAAAAGAGCUUACCUUCUCUUGCUUAUUUUGGUAUAAUAUUUGUCAAUGUAGUACACUUUAUGCCACUUACAUAAACUACUAAGGUACUGGUAGUAAUAUAAAACUGCAUUGCCAAGCAUACUGAACUGUAGUUUCUACCUCAUUACGGAGGCAAUUUUAUAUUUCACUAGAAUGAUUUACCAUGUGCUAAAUGACAUUGAUAAUGAGGUUUGUAAGUUAAUUAUACACUAGAACAUUUCUAUGUGUAAAACCACUGUGAUAAACAUUAAGAAUAAAGAAAUGAAAAAUA